GUGCAGGAAAGCAGUCGGGCAAUGGACGACGAUGUUCUUCACAGAGCCUGCCCGUCCGUCCUGGACUCUCUAUGGCACCAUACAGGUCUCUUUACGCCAUCAGAAGACCCGUCGCUCUUCCAGUCCCUCGAAUUCGAUCUGCCCGAGCUGAAAUCCCCCACUGGCAAGGACUUGCAACCCGAUCUCAGCAUUCCCGAUCUCUUCACUCCACACGGCGCGGAACAAACUCGUCUUGAAGGCUUUGACGAUGACUCCGCUUCUCUUGGCUCUGUCCUCACCGUCCCGGACACCGCUAUCGGCGCUCAAGGACCUGACGUGUGGGCUUUCGAUUUCGAUUUCGACCAACUGGAGACUGCGAGUGGGUGGCAUAGCUGGGAAAGCUUUCAAGGACGCACCGAGACCACAUCGGAGAGGCCGUGCUUUCUGGCAGAAGCUGGGCCACAGUCCUUUAACGCAGCAUUAGCUCGCAGCGGACUGCACGGGGCUGUAACCAGUGUCUUGCCGCAAGACGUCUUGUUACGUGCGCUUUCCCAUCUUGUUGUAGGAAGAGGCUCGACCAUCUUUCAUUGGAACGACGCGAAUCAGCUCUUCGAGCAAAGCCUAGGCGACGUCCCCGGUUCUGGCUACAGCCUGGAGUGCUACAACAACUUCACGGCGGACAUGAUGGCUUGCGGCACGACCUUUCGUAAGCUACGGACCUACAGCUCCAAGGUGGCUAAUCGCACCACAUGUACGGCUGUUGUUGCUCUCCGUGACUCUGUUGCUACCAUCCUGGACGGGCUCGAAAGGUACAUCGCCACCGGUGUUCGAAAUGUGGUCUCCAUGUUGCAAUUUCAGGGGCUGGUUGAACGACCAAGUCGAUUGCUAGGCAUGCUGGAUCAAUUCGUGGUAUUCGUCGCGGAUCACACCACUGACGAGGAAAUCAUCUCGACUCUCUCAGAUGAAGUCACGCAGGCCUUGUCUAUCGACAACACGUUUGCUGAGAUUGUCCAGGUCUUGCUGGCCCGAGUCAGCGGCCCGUGGCUGGAGCGCUUGCAUGCCGAAGUAUCCAUGCGUCCUGCUUUUGUAUGCGAUGGUCAUUCGACAGGUUCGGCAGAGGAGAAUGGCCUACCCGGCUCGGAUGCCUUGCCACCAUUCAUCUCUGCCGAAGAUCGCCGGCUCAUUUCCAACACCAAGGCCACCUUACAAAUCCUUCGAUCAAAAUCGUCCGACGGAGCCGUGUCGGUGGCCGGUUUUGGUGAAUCACGUACCCUACAAGUUGCAGAGCCAGCCCUCCCCGCCAUCCUUGUGGACAACGCACAUUCUGCGCACAUUAUUCAAGACGGCGGCAGCAGCGGCAGCGAAUUCCUGUCAUGGUCAGAUAGCGAGCUGCAGGGUGCCUACUUUGCUGCCACGGGACAGCAAAUGUCUCAGCCGGUGAAGCUUGGUCGUAGAGAAUCGUUGGAGUUCACGGCCGUUUCCAUUCUGGAGGAGCACGAUGCGAAGAUUGAACCCCCGCCCUCCCUGCGGUGGUCCGUCGGAGAGCCCAUCGACCUGUUGCGAGACGUGAGACCGCAUCUUCGUGCACACGCACUCCACACCGAUCGGAUACUGUUCCAGUUGCUGUUCAACGAAAUGGGCUUAGUGUCCCACUUGGAUUCGAUUCGACAGUAUUUCCUUUUUGGCAACGGCGAUUUUGCUUCCCGCAUGUCGACAACUCUAUUCUGCGAGAACAUCCAAUCCGCGCAGCGACAGCGAGGAUCUGUACCAAAUGGACAAGCUAUGGGAUUGAGACUGGGCACCCAAGAAGGUCAACGCUGGCCACCGACAAGCUCCGAAGUGCAGCUGAGUCUCACGGACAUCCUGUCGGACACCUUUCGCCCUCAGAGUCAAGGUCAGGAACCACCUGGCGGGCUCAGCUUCUCCAUCCGCGAAAUGUCGGAGAAUGAGAUUGAGAAGGUCACUGACCCGCAAUCGAUUCAUGCCUUGGACUUUCUCAAAUUGCAGUACACUUCUCCCGGGCCGCUGAGCGCAAUACUCACCCCUUCCGCCAUGUCAGCUUACGAUGAAGCGUUUCGUCUGCUGAUCAAGCUCUUGCGGCUGACGCAUGUGACGACGAGGCUCAAAGAGAGUAUCUGCAUGCGGAAAGGCAUAGGCCAGACGGCUGACUCGGGUCUUUAUCUGCGCAGACAGUUUGUGAGCGAGGCGCAUCACUGCAUUUUGGUGUUGUCAUCGCACUUUCUCGAGUCCGCGAUCGAAGAGCCAUGCAGCAAGCUGAUGACAUCGAUGGCUGACGCUGAGCGAGCGGCCAGCGGGAUGGGUAGUGAGGGUGUCGUCGAAGCCAGAGAGCCGGUGGGAGUGGAACAGCUAAGUCGAGUCCACCAUAUGUGUGUCGAUACGAUCCGGUCCAGGCUGUUCCUUCGACGAAAGCAAGCCAAAAUCUAUGAAGGACUGUGCAAUGUCAUGACUUCUAUCCUCAAAGGUGCUGCUUUGCUGGAUGACGAGCACAGUACUGGGCUGCAGGAAAGCUUUGACGUGUUUCGGAGGAGCGUCAAGGGUCUACUCAGUGUGUUGCGACAGUCUGUCGAACAUUCACGAAAAGCCAUCAGUGGCGAUACGAGCGCAGAAGAGGACCUGGAUGUGACGAAGUUUCUACUCGCCAGGCUGAACUGGAAUGGGUUUUAUGGCGAUGGCGAUGAAUCAUGACGGACAAGGCUUAUGUAACGAAUAAAGUCAGGCAGCGCGCAAUUCGUCUUCCAGUGUACCUAAUUUACUGUGCUUGCC